UCCAGAAACCCAGUCAGUGAAGAGAGUCUGAGUGAAGAUGUGGUGGAAAACCAGUGUGACUUUACUCCUGCUGAUGUGUGUCAGAGCAGAUUCACUUUCUAAUUUGCAAGUUUGCGGACGUCCAAACCCCACAUUAAACCCUCGUAUUGUGGGUGGUGUGAAUGCAAUUGAGGGUGCGUGGCCGUGGAUGGUCGGUCUGCACGACAGUCAUGGUCAUUUUUGUGGCGGCUCCCUCAUUAACAAUGAAUGGGUGCUGACAGCAGCUCACUGCAUUGUUAGUGAAACCACAUCCAGCAUGAUUGUGUACUUAGGAAAGUGGAGGAGUUAUGCAGCUGAUCACAAUCAAAUCACCAGAACUGUCAGAGACAUCAUUCCACAUCCCUCCUACAAUAACAGAACUAAUGAUAAUGACAUCGCUCUGCUGCAGCUGUCAGCUACAGUUCAAUAUACUGACUACAUUAAACCCAUAUGUCUAGCAGACGAAAACAGCAACUUCCCUGCUGGCACCAAAAGCUGGGUCUCAGGCUGGGGGGAUAUUGGAGUUUUGGGCACAGGUGGUAUAAUAGGCAGAACCACAGUGUCUGUUCCUUUACCUCAUCCUGGCAUUCUGCAAGAGGUUGAGCUUAAAGUGUACAGUAAUGCAGACUGCAACAAUAUUUGUCAUGGACGCAUCACCCCCAACAUGAUAUGUGCUGGUACACGGCGUGGAGGCAAAUCAACCUUUUCUGGGGACUCUGGUGGUCCACUGGUGAGUAAGUGUUCAGUGUGGGUUCAGGCUGGUGUUCUCAGUCAUGGGUAUGGAUGUGCACAGCCCAAUCUUCCUGAGGUGUUCACUCGCGUCUCAGAGUAUAAACAAUGGAUUACAGGCAAUGUUGGUGGAAACCUGCCUGGAUUUGUCCUUUUUGACCCAAGAUGUUCUCUUCGCAAAGUUCUCAGUCAAGUCUGCUGCUUUGGAUAACAAAAACUGCUGCUGUGAAUAUGUAUAUUGAUGCUCUGGCUAUACCUGGACACCUGCCUAUCACAUGAUGAAGUCUCUUCUUGUCUGCUAUCUGUAAGACUAUACUUCUGGCCAAUGUUGAUCUGGAAACUCCUCAGUGUUAGUACUGGAAGACUCUUUCUUACAUUUCUACACAAGUUCUAAUAUUGAACAGCUCUCUUCAAGAUUAACACAACCUGACGUGACAAGUCUUCUGGCAUUCCACCACCACUGCAGCUAUUUAAAAUGCAUUGCUUCAAAUAUGCAUACUAGUUUUUUACAUUGUAAAUGACACCAUGGUGAUUGAAUCAUGAUAGAAAGAGCACUUCAUUGUGUGCACAGCAUGUGCAAAAGUCUUUGUGGAAUUAUUAAAAUAGUUUAGAACUGCA